GUAAGGUUUAUAAAUGAAUGUUUAUAGAUAUCUAUUUUAUACAUUCGUCUGUAAGAUAGCAUGAUGAAAGGAUAUAUGCUUUUCGUAUAUCUAUGCAUAGUUUACCAGCAAUUCUAUUGCACAUCUGCUCAAGCUACAUGGUCUAACUGGUCAAACUGGGAAAGUUGUAGUGUUACAUGUGGUAGUGGAACAAGAACUAGAAAAAGGACAUGUUCUGUUGCUGGUAGUUGCACUGGAGAUGCCACACAAACUGAAUCAUGUACAAGUGGAGUUUGCCCAGUUGAUGGUAUGUGGGGAGAUUGGUCACCAUGGUCAGCCUGCUCUCCAACCUGUGGUGACAGCAGUAGUUUACAGACUAGGUCAAGAAAUUGUGAUAACCCUGCACCUUCAGAUGGUGGGCAAAACUGUCUUGGUAGCAGUUCAGAUACACGAUUAUGUACCAUUGGUGCUUGUCCAGGUACUGUAUAGCUAUGAUGCUAUGAGUUUCUAUCUGUUUAGAACUGUAAUUUGUAGAACUAAAAUGAAUUAUUUGUUCAUGAAGUAUUGAAAAACAAGACACAAGGCUUGUUCAAAUAUCACCAAGAGUCAUAAGAGAGUUUUAUUGGUAUAUAAAUUUCAAGUCAAAGACAAUCUUGUCACUUUGAAUUAAAACAUGCAUUUUGAUAUCAAAUAUUUUAUUGGGUUGCGAGUGGCAGAGAUAAUAUUUUAUUCAAUUGUUUAUUUUCAUAAUUCAGUUAAAAUGAUCUGCUUCUAUUCUACUAUUUAAUGUUGUAUUAAUGCAGUGGCAAAACACUUUUCAUAAUAUACAUGUAUGCAAUUUUGUUUCAUGAAUUGACUACAUAUUUCAA